AUGAGAGCUGCAGCUACAGGAGGGUUUCUGAUGCUGCCGUGGCCCGGGGCCGGGGCCGGGGCCGGGGCCGGGGGGUCGGACACAGGGAUGGAGGAGGUUCGGGGGGGCCUGCUGCUGAGGUGCGGAGCUGUGCUGGGACUCUCUCUGAUGUGCGUGGCAGUGCUGAGGAGGUGGAUCGCAGGUGGCGUGUGUCGUUGUCCAGUUCGUCUGGACGGAAAGACGGUUCUGAUCACCGGAGCAAACACUGGCAUCGGCAAAGAGACGAGCAGAGAUCUGGCACAUAGAGGGGCCCGGGUGGUGAUGGCGUGCAGGGACCUGACGCGGGCGGAGCGAGCAGCAGAGGAGAUCCGGCGGUCGACAGGAAACGGUAACGUGGUGAUCAGACACCUGGACCUCGCCUCUGUUUACUCCGUCAGACAGUUCGCUAAAGAUUUCCUGGACAGUGAAGAGCGACUGGACAUCCUGAUAAACAACGCAG